GUUUUCCUUUUAGGGCCUUUUGUCUGUAAAAUGGUUCCUUUUAUUCAGACAACAGCAGUUGUGGCCAGCACAUUAACAAUGACCUGCAUUGCAGUGGAAAGAUACCAAGGAAUAGUCCAUCCACUGAAAAUGAAGAGGCAGUAUACAAACCGAAGGGCCUACAAAAUGCUUGGACUUGUGUGGACAAUCGCUAUUGUAGUAGGAUCUCCAAUGCUGCAUGUGCAGACAUUAGAGGUGAAAUAUGACUUGCUGUAUAACUUAUAUCAUGUGUGCUGCCUGGAGUCAUGGAGCAAUGCUGGACUGCGCAGAGCCUAUGCCAUCUUCAUCCUGGUGGCUCUGUUCCUGGUACCACUUGCUGCGAUGCUCCUCCUGUACACCCGUAUCGGGUAUGAGCUGUGGAUUAAAAAGCGCAUUGGGGACUGUUCAGUGCUGAACACUUUGAGCCGUAAUGAGAUGGCAAAGAUCACCAGGAAGAAAAAACGUGCUGUAAUGAUGAUGGUCAUUGUAGUCCUUUUCUUCACAGCCUGCUGGGCUCCCUUCCAUGUGGUCCACAUAUUAUUUGAAUACAAUGACCUGGAAGAGGAAUAUGAUGAUGUCACAGUAAAAAUGAUUGUGGCCAUUGUACAAGCAGUUGGAUUUUUUUUCAACUCCUUCAACAACCCAAUGGUUUACACUUUUAUGAAUGAAAACUUUAAGAAAAGCCUGGUGGCUGUGCUGUUCUGUCACUUUAGAGUUCAAGAACAAGCUGAGAAACGGGACUGUAAAAAUCUGGAGAAGCCCAAGGUUGGGACAUGCAACUUUCCUCAUAGGAGAGAAGGACGGAGCCCUCACAGUCAACUCAGCGCAGAGAACUUGGAGCUACGUCUAUGUGAGCAAUUUCCAGCUGCCAAACUGGAGUCUGUCACCUACCCUCUUGUAAACUCUCAUAAAGACCUCCUACCCAACGGACAGUCUGCAUAA